GCUAGCUUGGCAUGUGAGAACGACUUGUAAAUUUUGGUCGUUGCUGUGAGCUUGUAAUUUUUAGGGUUAGGGUUUUCGAAAUUGUACUAUUUUGAACCACCGCAUGGCGACGACGACGACAACGCCAGCGGCACAGUCGCAGCAGAGCAAUGUGAAACCGGAGCUGAGAAAGCCGGUCUUCACGAAGGUUGACCAACUCAAGCCCGGUACCAGUGGCCACACUCUCAUCGUCAAAGUCCUCAGCUCCAAUACUGUCUUGCAGAAAGGUCGCUCGGUGUCUCAGCACCUCCGUCAGACUCGAAUCGCCGAGUGCCUCGUUGGGGACGAGACAGGAACCAUCAUCUUCACUGCCCGCAACGAUCAAGUUGGCUUGAUGAAACCUGGUACCACUGUAAUUCUCCGAAAUGCAAAAAUUGACAUGUUUAAGGGAUCUAUGAGGCUGGCUGUUGACAAAUGGGGACGUGUUGAGGUCACCGAGCCUGCCAAUUUUGAAGUGAAGGAGGAUAACAAUCUCUCUCUAGUUGAAUAUGAACUGGUGAACGUCGUGGAUGAAUGAUAAGGCUAUUACCAUGGCACCAAAUAUAUUUGGGGAGUAGCUUCAACUUUAAAAAAGAUGUAAUGGUUGGUUAUGCUCAAAUUUCUUGGUUAUAUGAUGCUGCUGCUUUGGUUAUAUAUUUAUCUUACUGGUGCAAUAUGCUGUUUGGGGUGCAUAGAUGCCUAAACUGAGAACAAGUGAUCAUUCCAUAUAUAUAUGAUCACCAUCUUGAAGUAGGGUUUUUAUUAGUAAUUUGACAUGAACAGCUUGGCUCCUUCCUUACGGUGGAAAAAUGUAAACAAGUUUUAAUGGUGAAAGGUCUUUUUUGGUUUUAA